AGGCUACCAAAAACAAUUCCUGGCGUGGUACACGGUUCAAACAUCGGAAGUACGUAAGGGAUUGUUUCGCGAAAAACGAAGUGUCUUGGCAAAGAUUUUUUUGGAAAUUUACGUGAUUCACAAUAGAGAAGAAAUAUCCUUUCCAAAAUUGGAAACAUGAGCAGCCACACACUGCCCCCAGAGGGAGGGGGCGGCAAGGCUGGGGGUAGCCCUUCGGCGCCGGCCAGCCAGACCUCCACCCAACUCCCCAAGCAGCCCCAGCAGCCGCCCCCAACGCAGAAGGUUGUGGCCGAGAAGAAGCCCCAGGAGAAGGCCAAAGUAAUAGUGCAGCCGGUUCAUCCGCCCCUGUCCACGACGCUUCCACUGCUGAGACAGAGUGAUUCGCCGACUCUUGGGCAACAGCAGCAGCCAACGCCUGCCAUCAUUGAAACUACCGUACCUAUCAUCAAGCCAAGCAUUCCUAACCUGAAACAACAGGCUGUGCCCAUUCUAUCAGGGGUAGCGUCCAAUAAGCCUUUGCUGACCCCGAGCGUCCCAAUCUCCUACACCACCACCACCUCAACCGCACCGACCGCUACACCCGUUGCACACCCCCACAGCACCAGUUCUGCCACGCCCAACGCCCCCGCCAUAGUCACCACCCAAGCUCGGCCAGGGUACCAACCCCUGAGCGUUACCAUGACCACCGUGGUUCCGACAAGGAUCACGACUACCGUUGCUGCGACGUCAGGCGCUACAGCAUCGGCAGCUUCGGCUGUAGGCGUUGUCCCAGCCACCGGUGUCCCAGCCCAGUACAUCCCCACUGUUCAGAAGCUACCACCCAACUCACAAGCAGCAGAAGUACCUGGUCAUACCAAAGCAGGCGCCAUCCCCUCCUCACACCUGGUAGCAGGGGCGACGACAGUUACCCAUAGUAUGUUAACGGGACCGUAUAUCAGCGGUGCUCCUAUUGGGCUGCAGCUGCCACCAGGCACCCUUCCAUACUCCGCACACCUUCCCAGGGGAGCCACAUCAGCUAAUCUUGGUCUUGCUGCCACAGCCAAGUCUGGUAUCACUACAGCCCUGUUGACCAGAGCUGGUGUCCCUCAAGGCGGAGUUGUUAGCACCAGUACAUUUCCUCAGCAGCCCAUGUAUGGUUACUCUCGCCACCAUGCACCAGGUCAGGUCCAUCUCUUAACGCAGCGAGCCGGGUCACCUGGUGUCUUGGCAGCAGGAGCCCUCCCUCGGGCUGCAUCCCCGGCCAGUACUCUGGCUUCGUCACAGCCUCAUGAAUCACUAAGAUUGAUACCUCAUAUGAUCCCAUCAAGUCAAGGUUUGAAACCAGAUGGCUCUUCCCAGCAAACGAAGGUUGAACUCAAGAUGGUCAUCAAGAAGGAUACCACCAAACCCGACCCAGCCGCCAAGACGGACCCCAAACCUGACACGAGACCAUCAUCGCGGACAGACACCAAUGAUAAACCCGGAGACGUGAAGAAGGACGGGAAAGCGGAAGAGCGUGGGCAAGGAGUCAAGCUCGCCGUGGCCAUGGCGGCUCCUAAGGGUGCUUCAGCCCUGGAGAAGGAUCACUCGAGGGACGAUGUUGCACGAAGUGCCGCUGAGACUACCAAGGUAGAGAUGAGGGUAGAUGUCAGACCCAUGCACAGAGGUCCAACGGAGGUGAUGGGGCCGAGAUGGUCUGUACCGACUCAGAGGUGGGGUGGCAUCCCGUCGUCGGGGGCACCGGGUGCUCUACCAGGUCACAUGAUGACCCAGGUGGUCACCAGCGUCGGUGGUAUGGUUCACCCAAUCACGACUGUCCCUGCUGGUACGGCUAGCACAUCAUCGCACCAUAUGGUCAGGGCGCCCCCACCCACAACAUCAAGCACAGGAACAUCACAGCCCAGUUCAACUAAUUCAGGCAACAUUCCUGUUGCUAAAGUCUACCCCCGCCAGCAGCCCACUCCACAGGUCCCGCCCGCCCAGAGGUUCCCCAUGCUCUCGGACCAAACGGGACCCGCCUACAUCCAAAUGCACCGGAGCUCACCGGGUGUGACCACCAGUACCCCAUCCUCUACCCACCCUGCUACCAUCGCCACCACCGUACCGGUCACCCACACCACGCCCGCGGGGUCAACGGAGGUCAAGAUGGAGAGAUACGCCCUCUCGUAUUAUUAUCAUCCAGAAUUAGGUUACCAGCAUGCUGUAGCUAUGCAACAGUAUCCAGGUCGCCAUGGUUACAAUCCAAUCAUUAGACCGCCAGUUGAUGGUCAACACAGAUUACCUCUUCACCCCGGCUCAUCCCUCAAUCAGAACAGUCCCGUUGCAGCAGCACUGGCAGCCACGGCCCAUGCAGCCAAUAUGGUUGGGGCCCCCGGAAGGCCAGGCCAGCUGACAAUGAUGGUGGGAGCGGACCACAGGCGGCCUAUUGGCUUGCAGGGUAAUACUACCCCGGGGGUGCCCAGCACUAGUGUGGGGGAAGGAUCGGCUGAUGGCAGCAGCAUUCCUUCAUUCUCAAUGUCUCAGGUUCCUCCAGGAACUCUAGGGUUGACCCAGGGUCAGAUACCCACUUCCUCCUCCGCAGUCAAUCCAGGUGCUUCCCCUCGACCAAGUAUUCUCAGGAAAAGAAAUAACGAUGGUGCAACGAGUCGGAAACCUGUCAUGGCUAGUGCCAUCACAUCACAACCAGGGAGCCCAGGGGUCAAAGUUGAAAUUACAAGAAUACCUGUCACAAGUAAUUCACCAAAGCCAAGCGAUUCGCUACCAAGCAGUCAACACUCUGAAAACAGUAACGCAUCAGAGACAAGCACUGACACGGCUCCCCUUUCUACCGGUAGUGGUCCCAUAUCCACCGGGAGUGGCUCGAUCCGGAUCAAACAGGAAACGGAUACAAAUGGCCUGGACCUGGUACCGCUCGGGGGCUCUGCCUUGACGCACGAGAACAGCAUUAGUAGUUUGGCGCCCUCAGUAGCGAGUACGGAGGAAGUUGGCCCAUCGCCGAGGAAGAAACCGAGGAAACAGCAGCAUAUUAUUGCCACGGACCAUCCCAUGAUGCUGGAUGACCAGUCAACGGACGAUGAGAAAGAGACAAAACAGAAAGUGCCUUUCAAGCUUCAUAAAAAAGAGAAGAAGGAGAAGAAAAACGCAGCAAAAGCAGCAGCAGCGGCGGCGGCAGCAGCAGCCAAUGCAGAAGCAGAGGCUAUGAAGGUUGUACAGUUCUUCAAGAGACCAUGUCCAAGGUUGGUGGAUAGCUACAGACAGUCCUGGAAACCAGCUCAUAAUCAUUUUGAGAGAUACUCCGAUGUCAAACCCAAGGAAGAAAAGAAAGUUGGUAUUCAUGAAAUUGCCAAUCAGCGAGGUAUUCUAAAGAAGACAGAUGGCUGGAAAAUACAUCACAUUGCCUACCAGUUUGAUGAUUUAAAUACGAUGGAGAAGGAUUGUUACGAUGAAAUGAAGUCCAUGAAAGAUGGGUUAUUGGGGCUAAACAGCAAACUGAAAGAAUCAGAAACGCAUAAACUCUCCGAACUAGUACAGGGAUCGAUACAAAGAAGUCAAUAUGUGAUGGAAUACUUAGAGGAAGCCAAAGGAACAAUACUUAAGAUGCUGGACCACAAGACCAAGGUUGCUGGUAUAGUUAAGAAACACGCCAACAAGAGGCACGUCAAGAAAAAGCACAGUCCUUGAAAUCCGAUGUUGCGUAGUUGCCAAGAACUUUCUCACACCACGGAGCAUCAUUAUUAUUUAUAGAUGGGGUCGGAGUCUAUUCAGGCCUGGAGAACGUUUCAUGAAAGGACUUGAUGGACGUUUUAUCUGAUAAUGACCAUUGUAACAGUGCUUCUCGUCCAAUCAAAUCCAGGAAAGUUGUCAGAUCAGACAACUUGUUAGAUGACAGAUGUUGAUGGAGUGCUCCACAGAUAGCUUGAACAAGGGUCAUUGCGGUCAAGUCGAGCAUGGAAUAGUAGAAACGGAUGUAACGUUGGAAGACGUACCGGCUUUGCUGCAAUUAUUGAAUGCCAGCGAUCCCCUAAGAUUGAACAGCCGUUCCUGAUGAAAACCUAUGCCUGAUGAACUCCUUGAGAGCGUUUCAUGAAAGGCUUUGUUGGAUGUAUUAACAGAAGAAGUUACCAUGGUGACAGUAAGCAACCUGUGCUUUUCAGCCAAUCAAAGCAAAGGAAACUUGUCAGAUCUGAUUAUGAAACACUGCCCUGGGUCGCAUCUAUGGAGCCGUUGAAUCCUCUGAAUGGUGUUGAUAAAGAGAGUAAAGUGUCAAUAAUAUGGCCCGUAUUCUGAACUCAGGUUGAAUUUAAACUCUGAUUGAAAGGUUUGCUUUAAUUAUGGAUAGCCAAUAAUGACGUUAAUCCUAUAUAUACACUAAAAGGUUGAUUUGUCAGCAAAUUUGGCGCUCUCUUUGUUCACAUCUCUCUUGAAAUAAGAUCUAAAGUAGUUUUCUUCACCACAUAGGGAAGAUCCCAGUAAACACAAGCAUUAUAGUGUCAAAAGAUUUUUUUUACUUUUUUAGCUUUCCAUAAUAUUAGGUCUGACUUAGGCUGGGGUUUUGUUUUAAAAUAUGGGGUUAUGUGUCCAUAUACUCCCUGACCCAAGGCUAGUCGUUAUUUCCACAAAUCUUUAGAUGCAGCCUGUCUCCAUUCGGGUACCUAGAGUCAGGGUAAUAAUGAAAGUCAGCACCUUGAGUACUUAGCAUUUUCCACAUGUGCGCUCAAUGAAUUGCUUCAUUAUUAUUAUCAUUACCGUAUUUAUCAGAAGCAAAGUUAAAGGCCACCGCACACCAUACGAUUGGACUGCAACCUGAUUUUCAAAGAAUAUGUGAUAAAAUACGAUGCAAAUAUUGAGACGUCAAGCUUUUUAAAGCUUUAAGUCAUUGUACAAAUCGUGAUGUUUAAAUUUGUGACUAUACUCUCAAUGAUAACAUAGCAAUCAUAUGUAUGACUGGCUUAGAUUUGAAACCAAUUUGGCCUUUUCUCCAAACUUAAGGGCUUUGCAAUCAUCCAAAAUUACAGUUAAUUUAACCUGUAAUUGGACAGAUUCUUUUUCGUUCACAUUUUCAGAAAAUAGGCGAAAUGCAGUUUGCACCAGAGUUAUGUUGUGGACCAGUGGUAAGGUGUGCGGAGUCCUUCAGAGUAAAGGUCUGUUUGAAGAACGCUAGGGUAUCAAGAUUGAGUCACUGAAGGCCUAUAGCUUAGAAGAUGUUAACAUGUAUUGCACGUUCUGAUCUGAAAUAAUGCUUCGAUGUUUAUUUCAUAUAUGGAAAGAUGACUUAUGCAAAGUCUUCUGUAGACGUAAAUACGAUUUUUAGAGAUCCAGAUUUAGAGAUGAAAUAUACAGGUUUAUGCUUCUUAAUUUCAACCAAUUAGUUUGCCCUUAUUUUUUACAAAGAGAAAGUUUUCAUGUUCUCACGAUAGAGCUCUAAGCCACACCUAUUCUGGGUGACGUAGUAUGGUGCAGCUGGCUUUCCAUAGAUUUAUUUCAAUCUAUCACACCUAACGGAGAUAUGAUCAACUGUAUGUAGUAGGAAAGCAUGAAUGCUUGUAAAGUCCACCGCAGACCAUACGACUGCUCCACGACCCGACCCGCAUUUUGCUCUUUUUCUAAAAAUGUUAAUGAAAAAUAUAUGUUUAUAUUUAAGGUUCAAAUUAGCAUAAGGAUAUUAAUAUCAUAGAUUUGGAUGACUGCAAGCAUUUAUUUUGGAGUAAACACCAAAUUGGUUUCAAAUCAUAGCCAAUCAUACAAAUAUCAUGACAUCAUUAUUACUUGAUAUCAAAUUUAAUUUCAUUCUAAUAGGGAUAAUGAUAUAAUCACAGAUGUUUACAUAGGUAUUCAUUCGUAAAUUGAUUUAGAACAUUACACAGUAAGAUAUUCCAUGUCUCAAUUGUGGAUAAAAAUUUGUGACGGUUUAUUUCAAAUUCGAGUCGCAGAUCGUAAGGUGUGCGGUGGCCUUAAGCAGUCAUCC